AUGACCACAUACUUCGAUUUUUCGGAAAUAGUGAAAGAAAAUGAAAAUUGUAAACUUCGCGCAUAUGCAACGACUGCCGUUCGUAGUUGCACGAUUUCCCAUAUGCUAACUUGUUCGUUGAGAGGCAGUGAACGUAAAGACAUUGUUUUCGCAAAGGAAACGGCCUUGGAAUUACUGGAAAUAGUGGAUGAAGGGAAGCUCAAUUCGAUCAUUGAACAGCCCAUAUUUGGCACGAUAAAGGACAUUAAGGUGCUUCACAGUAUAUUUCCGGAACCUGUAUUAUAUGAUCCGUUUGAAAAAAAGGAAGGAACAGACUCGGAAAAUAACCUUGAUCUACGAGUUAUACCCGGUCAAGAUGUUCUUGUGUGUUUGUCGGAUUCCGGAAUGUUAUUAUUCCUUGCCUAUACGGAGAGCAUUUCUUCAUAUAUGAACAACGGAAAGGCGAUCGCGGUGCAAGAUGACGAUUCUUCAGAUUUUGAUAUCGCAAGGAUGACCGGGAAGUUCCAAUUGAUCAAAGAGAUACAAAUAGCAAAGCCCGGAUUUGACUUUAAAGAUCUUGGACGCGUUGUUUGUGUUGAUCCCAUGGGUCGUCUAAUAGCUGUGGCGGCUUGGUAUAAUACUUUCCAAAUAUUUUCGAUCCCUAGUGGUUCGAUCUUUAAUUACGAUCCAUCAAAUAAUACAAAGUUGUAUUCACAAGAGGGCGUAAUAUGGAAUAUGACAUUUUUGUAUCCCUCGGAUGAAUCUCGUGCAUUAUUGGCGAUGGUGGUGGUCGAUGACAGGAAAACACCUCACAUCGUGAUAUAUAAUUUUUUGGCAACCGAGAAACUAGAAGAUGACAUGAUACCGACAAGUAUUCCCAGAGACGCCUUUGUUCCGCUUUUUUGUUUCCUUCCGAUGCAUCUUAUACCUCUUCCAAAUUUUCCCGAAUGUUUUCUGUUAGUCAAUGAAAAAGAGAUUUGCUUUAUACAUGCAAGGCAUGGUAAAGUUAAAAGCGGUGAUCUUUAUCCAAGACCUUUACCCGAUCCACAAUCGUUGAUGACCGCAUUUGCAUAUCCAAUGGAUACCUCAGUAUUAAAACGCGCUGCCGCAUUACCGCACUCUCCAAAACAGUAUGUUUACGCUGGCAUGGAAAACGGAGGUUUAUAUCGUAUCGACAUAAUGUCAGAAAAAAGUAUUGAGUUUACGCUGGUGCGAAAUGAUGGGAUCAACCCUGUGGGCUCCACCAUGACUUCCCUAUGCCUUGAUCCAGAAAUUGGAGAUAUCAUCAUAAUAGGUGGAGACAUGUGUGACGGUGCCGUUGUCAAGGCCAACCCCAAAUCCAGAGCCGAGAUAACGUAUGAGAUACCUAAUUGGGCCCCCAUAUGGGAUUUUCAAAUGCUUGACCUCAACAAGGAAGGCCACAACGUGAUAUUUUCAUGCAGUGGUCGAGGUCGGCAAGGGUCAAUCAGGGUAAUAAGAAAGUCAUUUGGUGUAAAUAUUCUGUCUUCAUCUGAUGCAGAAUUUGAUGGUGUGGUUUCUCUCUGGAAUUUGAAAUGUGACGUAAACGAUGGUGUUGAUACCUUUUUAGCUUUAUCAUUUAUCAAUUCAACACGGUUAAUGCAAAUGACUGAAAACGGACUCAAUGAUGUUAGUGAUCGAAGUGGAUUCAAUCUUAAAGUGCACUCGAUCUUAGUGGCUUCUUAUGAACCGGUUCCGGGUUACUUGAUUCAAAUUCAUAAAGAAUCGAUUAUAAUAUCAAAACCUAAUAUUGAUGUAUUGCAUCCUAUUACCGAAAAUGUUGAGAGAUAUGAAUGGCAGGUACCAGAGAACAUGCGCAUCGAAGUAGCGGCUGUAUGCCAAUCCAUGGUUUUUAUUGGUUUAACGAGUGGAAAGGAGAAUGUGAUAUGUGUUCUUAAACUAUAUUAUGAUGCUAAAAUUAAUAUCAUGACCUUUAGUGACAUUGCACAUGUAGAUUUGGAUUGUUCACCUAGUUUUAUUCGUUGUUUUUCUGUAAGUUCUCUUACACCAGUACCACUUUGUAUUAUCGGAACUUACAAGACAUCGGUAAAAUUUCUAUCACUGAGCUCAGAAAAUUUUUUGACAAUACUACACGAGGAAAUUUUGGAUUUAAAAGACAAGACCAUUAUACCGGAAUCCGUAUAUCUCAUUGGAAACGAGGAAAAAGCUUACUUUCUUGUAGGAAUUAGAGAAGGUACAAUUGUAUACUAUGAAUGGUCGUGGUCGUCAGAGAAUAAAUUGAUGUUAUCUCAACCAAAUUUUCGAAGGAUUGGUGCAUCUCCGGUUAAAUUAAUAGUAUCCCACCCGAAUCUUCCAUUAUUGGUUGAUGAAGAGAAUAAGUCAGUUUCAGUGCUAGCACUUUCUGAUCGACCAUGGAAAAUUGAAUAUUCGCAUAACACGGGCUUCAAGUUCGUUUGCGUUAAGUUUAAACAUUAUGAGCAUGUACAAGAGGCGACAGUCUUUGACUACGCCAAUUUACCCCGUAUUUAUUUUUUUAUCGCCAAAGAUUGUCUGAAUUUUGUGCAAUUAGACAAUUUCACAAAUGAUAAUCUAAGAACGAUACCAGUAUACGACACGCCACGGAGAUUAAUUUACGACGAUUUUUCCAAAUUGCUUUUGGUUGCUUGUACGAGUCAUACGAAACCUUUUCCCUCAUCAGUUCUUAAAUUAGUCGACCCUGUGACUGGGAAGAUUAAUGACACAUUUGAUUUACAACCUAAAGACUACCCUGAUACCCGUGAAUCAGUGUAUUCUAUUGCUGAAUGGAAAUUCACUUCAGAGAGGCAAGAAUAUCGUUGGUUCUUUAUUGGCACUGGACAUCAUAUGGCUAAUAAGCAUGCUAUCGGGCAAACCCCUCCCAUUGGUGGUCGCUUCUUAACUUUCACGAUCAGUAAAAUUCAAGAUGAGAAUGAAGCCUCUGGGUUUGUAUAUAAACUGACAAACAGAAUUGUGAUCGAUGUGGAAGGUAUUGUGCAUGCAAUUUGCCCGUUAAGCGACAAGUAUCUUCUUGUAAGCGCAGAAAAUACAAUGAAUUUGCUUCGUUUUGAUUUGGAAAAGAAAAAAUUCUACAAAGUUCACGUUCAAAAACUUCAGUGGCAAAUUUUGUCAAUUAAUGUUCAUGGAACUCAUAUUUUAGUGGGCACCAGUCAAUGUUCUAUCAUGUAUGAGUUUGUGGCUGAGAAAGAAAGAUUCAGACUAUUAAAAUCGGAAAGAUCAGUUCGAUUGAAUCUGGAAUCAAUACUUCUAAGUGAAAAUUUUUCAAUUGGAUCGGACAAAAGAGGAAAUGUUUUUGGAUUAUGGUAUAAUGAAGCUAGCUCCCCUAUUGACUCGUGCUUAGUGCCAGUUUUUUCUUUUAACGAAGCUGAGGCAGUAUCAAGAUUUCGCUCUAAUUUUCAUAAGACCCAAGUAAAACCCGAUGCAGAAGUAUCAUCAUCAGAAACAAAAACCGAACCCAAGGAGACAUCGGCUGAUAUAAUAUGGGACGCAAGGCAUGAUCUUGAUGAUCAUGCUGCUAUUGUAAUGGGAUGUUCUCUUCUGGGAAGCGCAUUUAUGUUCACAAGAAUUAGCAUAAAAGACCAUAAUCUCUUGCUGAAUCUACAAUUGGUUCUCGAAAACUGGCCAACUACUCGUCCUUGUUUAGGAAAUAACAAUGGACGAUUUAGAAAAAUGUUUCAUGAAAAUUCCAUAAAUCAUGUAAUUGAUGGGGAAAUGGUGUCCCAAUUUUUAAAACUGUCUAGAAGUGAACAAUGCAGAAUCGUCGAUAUGCAUCCUGAGUUAAUCAUGGCGGGAACUUUAUUUCUCCGCGGAGAUCAAUUCAAAUUAGAAGAGGAAUUAUAUAAUAAGCAACACGAAGAUAUUUUAGAGACCAUAUUUGAUUUGGAUGAAGACCAUCCAAUGACUCCCAUACAUAUCGAUCAAAAUGACGUCGACGAAAUGAACAUUGAUUUCGAAUCCUCGAUGGAUCAAGACUUCCCUGACGAAAAUUUUGAAACUGAUGAGACAGAAAAUAAAGAUGUUGAUAUAUCAAGAAGCAUGAUUCAAAUGGCAUCAGCCGAAGAAAUUGUGGACGCUUUGCA